AUGCCUCACGUACCCAUAACCCUGACUUCUGGCCAGCCAGCAUCAGUUUGGUAUCAUAUAUCCACACCGUCCGAGGUCUCUGCGGAGGCUAUCGACCCAUCGCUACCCACGAUCUUAUGCAUCCACGGCGUGUAUGUCGCGCAGCAAAUCUUCGAGUCUCAGUUCAACGACCCCCGCCUCCGCCAGUUCAACCUCGUUGCUGUCGACCGUCUAGGCCACGGUGAUACAGAAGGUCGCAUCACGGACGACUACGACCCGUUGAAGACGGCCGAAGAUCUGAAGCGUGUCAUGGACGCGCUCAACAUACCCACCUUCCACAUCCUGGGACUCGGCGUGGGCACCAUCGUCGCCCAGGAACUCGCCAUCGCAUACCCCGAGACCGUAAAAUCACUCACGCUCGUCUCCGUCGCGCCCUUCGCUGAGCCUGAGGGCGUGAAUGAAGGCAGGAAAGAGGUCUUUGAUCUCUGGCGCCAGCUCGACGAGUCCAAGGACGCUUCUUUCCUCGAGGACAUCGUGUUCGGCGCGAUGCAACUGCUGUUUCACAAUCACGUCAACAACCAAGCUAGCGCCAUACGUGAUACGCUCCUACAGCAAGGCUUCCGAAACUGGAUGGGCUCUGAAGAGAAUCUCAUUCAAGCGCGCAACGCCAAUUUGAACUACUUUACGAACCGUCGCAUUCUCACAAAAAACGAGCUGAGCAAGAUCAAAGCACCUGUACAAUUCUUCCACGGAAGCGACGACGUCGCGUACCCUUACGAGUACACUCUAAACGUCGCCGAGGACCAUCGAGCCGUCGGCGUCGAGGUGGCCGGUGUGUACAAAGUACCAGGACCACACGACCUGCUGCUCCUAUACCCAGACGAAGUGAACCCGCGACUACGCGACCUGGUGCUGAGGGUAGAAGGCAGGGAAGACAGUCCUGUCCCUCAACCCGGGCCCUUACCGACGCCAUGGACGGAUAUACUUACGGAGCGAGGGUUCUACAAGCCGGAUGACGAUUCGGACUCGGACUAG